UCUCUCCAUUAUUGUUUCCUUUGUUUUGUUUGCUGCUUCUCUGUCUCUGUCUCUUUCUCUUUCUGUGUCUUUAAAAUGGAGUUAUUGUUCUCUUAUAACAAUAUUUGAGCAAAAGUAGAUCGAAAAGAAGAAGAAACAGCAGGAGCAGCAGCAUGGCUGGAGUGGCUUUAAUUGACAAGGAUAAUUAUGAUGGAAAGAUAACAGGAUCAGUUAUCUUGACUUGCAUAAUGGCUGCUUCUGGUGGACUAAUUUUUGGCUAUGAUAUUGGAAUUUCAGGUGGUGUUACAUCAAUGGAAUCAUUCCUGAAAGAAUUCUUCCCAGAGAUACUAGACAAAAUGGGCAAAGCCAAACAGGAUGAGUACUGCGUAUUUGACAGCCAAAUACUCACAGCCUUCACUUCAUCCUUAUACAUAGCCGGUUUAUUUGCCUCCCUUUUCGCCACCACCGCCACCAAAAACUACGGGCGCCUCAACGUCAUGCUCAUCGGCGGAGCCGCCUUUUUUAUCGGCGCUGCACUGAACGCAUCCGCAGUGAACAUUGCAAUGCUUAUCAUUGGUCGUAUCAUGCUUGGCUUCGGCGUUGGAUUCACCAAUCAGGCGACGCCAGUGUACCUAGCGGAGGUGGCACCGGCGAGAUGGCGAGGAGCCCUCACAACAGGAUUCCAAUUCUUUAUUGGCAUUGGAGUCCUAGCUGCAAACCUCACAAACUUUGCCACCUCGCUAAUACCAAACUGGGGCUGGCGCCUCUCGCUUGGCCUCGCUGGAGUUCCAGCCUCCAUCCUCUUCCUCGCCGCACUCCUCAUCCCAGAUACCCCUUCCAGUCUUCUCCAACGUGGCCACGUCUCUGCCGCCCGCUCCGCCUUGCUCCGCUUGCGUGGGCCCAUGGCAAACAUCGAAGCUGAGCUCCGAGACAUCGCCGGAUCUAUUGAAGCGGCGAAGGUGAGAGAUAAGGAUGAAAGCCAGUUUAGGAGGAUAGGGAGGAGGAGGUAUAGGGCUCAGUUAGUGAUGGCGGUGGCAAUGCCUUUGUUCCAGCAGAUGACAGGGGUAGUGGUGAUCGCCUUCUUCGCGCCGGUGUUGUUCCGGACGGUGGGAUUCGGGAGCCAGUCGGCGUUGAUGUCGGCGGUGAUCCUUGGAGGGGUGAAUCUCAUCUCUAUUCUCAUUGCGAGCGUUGUGGUUGAUCGGUAUGGACGCAAGGUUUUGUUCCUUCAGGGAGGCCUGCAGAUCAUUAUCUGUGAGGUGGCCGUGGCUUGGAUACUGGGAUCCAAUAUGGGACCAAAUGGAGAGACUAACCUUCCCAGAGGGCACUCCAUCGCUGUGCUGGUGUUGAUGUGCGCUUACUCAGCUGGCUUUGGGUGGUCAUGGGGACCGCUUAGCUGGGUUGUACCCAGUGAGAUAUUUCCAGUGGAGAUCCGUUCAGCUGGCCAGAGCAUAAACGUGGCCGUCAACCUCGGAGUGACAUUUAUACAAACACAAGUGUUCCUCUCCAUGUUAUGCCAUUUGAAGUACGGCGUCUUCAUCUUUUACGCAGCCUGGAUUGCCGUGAUGACGAUCUUCGUCAUAGCCUUCUUACCGGAAACCAAAGGCGUCCCUCUUGAUUCCAUGAUGAACUCUGUUUGGGCACGCCAUUGGUUCUGGCGCCGGUUUGUUGUGGAUGAGGAGGUGCACCAGAGGCCAGUAUCAAAGACAUAGGUUGAAGAGUUUUUGCUUGCCUUGUCGAUCAUUUGUCUUCCAAAUUUUUUUCGAAACUGUCCUAUUGUCUAUUAUCUCAUUUUAAAAAUGUAAAAAUCCUUUUCAUUUGAUGACAUCUCAUUUAAGAGAGUCCAGGGAAAAACAUAGCAGUUACGGAA